GGAAUUGGGAUGAAUUGCAUGCAGUAUCAAGUUCUUGUCCCCUUUCCUUUGAAUUAUCUGGAAUGUUAUCCCGUUAAUCUUGGCUGCAACUUCGUGCGUUUGAUUUGUGAUUCGUGUGGUGGGAGUGCAGAGAUCUCUAGCUUGCGAAUCCAGGGUGCGCCGCCAUGGCCGAGCACCUCGCGUCGAUCUUCGGCACGGAGAAGGACCGCGUGAACUGCCCGUUCUACUUCAAGAUCGGCGCGUGCCGGCACGGCGACCGCUGCUCCCGCCUGCACAACAAGCCGUCUGUCUCGCCCACGCUGCUGCUCUGCAACAUGUACCAGCGCCCCGACAUGAUCACCCCGGGCGUGGACGCGCAGGGCAACCCCAUCGACCCCGUCAAGAUCCAGGGCGACUUCGAGGACUUCUACGAGGACAUCUUCGACGAGCUCAGCAAGCACGGCGAGGUCGAGAACCUGCACGUCUGCGACAACCUCGCCGACCACCUCAUUGGCAACGUCUACGUGCAGUUCAGGGAGGAGGACCAGGCCGCCAAGGCCCUCCAGGCGCUGCAGGGGAGGUUCUACUCGGGCCGCCCCAUCAUUGCUGAGUUCUCGCCCGUCACCGACUUCAGGGAGGCCACCUGCCGGCAGUUUGAGGAGCACAACUGCAACCGCGGAGGGUACUGCAACUUCAUGCAUGUCAAGGAGAUAGGCAGGGACCUGAGGAAGAGGCUGUAUGGGCACCUGCAUAGGUCCGGGAGGAGCCACAGCAGGAGC